AUGCCUCUCGUACCAGAAGAAAUCUCGUUCUCAGACUACCUAGGCCUUAAUGCCGCACUCUUCGAAUGGGCCGAAAGCUAUGACUCCAAAAAUUGGGCCCGCCUCCGCGCCUGCGUCGCCCCAACCAUGCGCAUCGACUACCGCUCCUUCCUUGACAAAUUAUGGGAAGCCCUUCCCGCAGACGAAUACGUAGCCAUGGCCUCCGACCCACAUGUUCUCGGUGAUCCUCUGCUCAAAACCCAGCAUUUCAUCGGCUCGUCGAAAUGGGAGAAAGUGUCGGAUACCGAAGCCAUCGGAUGGCAUCAGUUGCGGGUUCCGCAUCAGAGAUACACAGAUGAGACGAAGACCGCGGUCGCAGUGAAGGGCCAUGCACACGGCACGAACCAGCAUUGGUACAAGAAGGUAGAUGGAAAGUGGAAGUUCGCUGGACUGGCGGUGGAAAUCAAGUGGGGCGAGUUUGAUCUGGACAAAGUGUUUGCGAGUGGCAGGGAUACGUUUGGGGAGUCGGAGAAGGAGAAGAUGAUGGAUGAGGCGGCCGUCAUGACUGGGAUUCCAGGAGACGCUGCCAACCCACCAACUCCUGAGUCAAUGGACAUGGAGACGAAGCCUGUCGCUGCUCAAGGGGCCGCGGAGCCUACUAUGGAGCAGGCUUCAUAUCCUAGUGUGAUUGGCAAUACGAGUGGAAUGAGAGACUUGGCUGAGUCGGCGAAGACGCCUAUGGCUUAUGAAGAUCAGGUUGAAGGAAGUAUGGUCGGGGCGCCCAUGGUCUACGAAGGUGAGAUCAAGGGAGGUAUGGUUGCGGUAUGA